AUGUACUCCCAAAACCAUCAGCAGAGCCACAAUGCGCGGCUGAAUGGUGCUGGCCGUGGGAUCCCCAACAUGCUCUACAACUACGGCCAGCACGCCCAGCAACACCACCCUUCCCAGAACCAGCACCACCAAGGUCUGGGCCCCGAUCACGGCCUGUCCAACACCAACGGGCUCAACCACCACAACAACUACACGUCUGGGGUUCUGUCCAACAGCCCCUUCAGUCCGAAUCUGCCCAAUGGCCAUGGCGGCUCCAGAGGAGGCCAGGCGGCGCCGAAUGAAGGAUGGCAGGAACAGCUUCGCCUGUUUAAGGACUCAGAGCGGGCUCACAGUGCCAUGACGGAGCAGCAGCAACCCCACUACUAUGCGCGGCUUAAGGCGUCGGAGAAUAAAGGCAUAGGUGGUCCUCCGGCGGCCUCGACAAAGACGCAAGCGGACAACGAGACCGACCUCGCCGAUAGGAGACGGCCGUACAACCCGAUGGACGAGGCGAAGCGACAGGACUGGCACAAUAUGGACAUGAGCGGGCAGGGUCUACGGAAUCUGGCGCCCGAGCUGUUUCGCUACCAGUUUCUCAACGAGCUCUACAUUGCGUCCAACAAACUCACACGCCUGCCCAAGCAGAUUGGCGAGCUCCGCCAGCUGCGACACCUCGACGCCUCGUACAACCAGCUGGUCGACCUCCCGCCGGAGCUGGGCAUGUGCACAUACUUGAAGCAGCUCCUCCUCUUCAGCAACAACAUCACCGAGCUACCGUUUGAACUGGGAUCCCUGCAUCUGCUGGAAAUGUUGGGCGUCGAGGGGAAUCCGCUAGAAGCGGGCGUGAAGACAGAACUCGUGGAAAAGGGAACAAAGAGCUUGAUCAAUGCUCUCAAAGAAAGCGCACCGCCUCCACCCACGCCUCCUCCCCGCGAAAAUAUCGUCAUCCAGGAAGACGUUGGCGCGAAUCUCGAACGCAUCAAGGUCUUCUCGUGGAAUAUCCUGUGCGACAAGUAUGCCACAGCGAGCACAUACGGCUACACUCCGACGGAGGCCCUGAACUGGACAUACCGCCAGAACUGUAUUCUCGAGGAGUUGAGGGAGAGGGACGCCGACUUCUUAGCACUGCAAGAGGUGUCGACCGAUGCGUUUAAGGAAGACCUCAGCCCGCCUCUUGCGCGGAUGGACUACAAGGGUGUGCAAUGGCCCAAGUCGCGCGCCAAGACCAUGUCCGAAAGGGACGCCCAGUCCGUCGACGGUUGCGCCGUGUUCUACAAGCAGAGCAAGUUCAUCCUACUCGACAAGCAGCUCAUCGAAUUUGCCUCCAUCGCCAUCAACAGGUCAGACAUGAAGAACCAGCACGACGUGUUCAACCGUGUCAUGCCCAAGGACAACAUUGCUGUGGUGUGCUUCUUCGAGUCACGGUUGACAGGCGCACGCAUCAUGCUCAUCAAUGCGCACUUGACGUGGGAUGUGGCUCUGGCAGAUGUCAAAUUGAUCCAGACUGGUAUUCUGAUGGAGCACGUCACCAAGCUGGCCGAGAAAUACGCGCGCUGGCCUGCGGUCAAGGACAAGAAGAUGAUCGUCUUGCCCAGGGACGAUGAUGCCGAAGCACCACCCCCUCAAGCCGAGCCCGGCCCGAGCCAGGAAUACCGCACCAACACGGAAAUUCCACUAUUGGUGUGCGGUGAUCUCAACUCCACAGCCGACUCGUCCGUGUACGACCUGUUGUCCAAGGGCCACGUGCCUCCUGACCACCCCGAGUUGUCCAAGUACCAGUACGGCAAUUUCACGCGAGACGGCAUCGAGCACCCGUUCAGCUUGCGUGACGCAUAUGCUCACACUAGGAACACGGCAGACGAGAUGCCGUUUACCAACUACACGCCCGGUUUCACCGACGUCAUCGACUACAUUUGGUACUCGACCAACUCACUCGAGGUUGUCAGUGUGCUGGGACCCCCUGACCGCGAAUACCUGUCUAGGAUACCUGCCUUCCCUUACUGGCACUACCCGGCCGAUCACAUCCAGAUCAUGUCGGAAUUCGUCAUCAAGAGCCGCAAGGACAAGAAGCAGCUCCAGGAGCGCGAGGUCGACUUUGGCGGCUCAAGUUCGAGGAAGUAA